UCAUAAAAAAACAAGCAAUUCCGCAGAUCGUCAGGCUAACGUCUAUGAUGUAGUCGAUGCGUCGUGGCGUUUUCUUGCUCCAACUUGGUUUACGAGCCACAACAAUGAUAAGGCGAGAGCUAGGAUCCGCACGCUCCCGGGCCUAAAAGGAUCGCGGCAGAGAGCUCGCGCUAAAGCUAGAAUAUUAUUUUCCGUUGAGCUUGGUUUGACAUCAUUCUUUUGGCCGCCUUUCCUCUGCGUUCAUUCGCUGGGCUUGAUUUUUGAACAUUGCGGCCAAGUGCUUGAAUGCGUGGUUUAUCAUUAUGCGCGCGUGAAUUCGCGAUUUUCUGCACGUACCAGCGAUGGAAAGCAGAUGAUAAUGUCCAUGAUGUACUAAAUAGAGUUCAACAAAGAACUCGAUCAACCUGACUCGUCCAACAUGAUUCAUGAUUUAGCGUACAGCUAGCUGAGUCAGAGUAAUUCAACUUCAGACAUCAUGUGUAGAUUCACAUCAGUAUGCACUUGCUGUCUCGUAUCCAACACACAUCUCGACUGCAUCUUGAAUGAAUCGGGUCGGUUGGGUGGAGCAAGUAGUAUCACAACUAUAUGUCAUAACAGCCGAGAGAUCCGGCGGAGACUGAACAUCACGUGA